UUUUUACAUUUUUUUUUUUUUUUUUUCCCUAAAAAGAAAAGAAAAAGUAAUUACAAUAAAUUAUGUGAUCUCAUAUUUUGGGGGAUUUUUUUCUCCUUCCAGGAAAAAGAGGAAAAAAACGAGAGACUUUAAGACUUAUCUAAAUUGAGUCAAAGAGUUUUAAACUAGUGGGUUAUUUAAUGUAAACCAAUUACUCAUCCAAUUUGGUUAGACAAAUAAAUAUCUAAAUUCCUUCAUGAUUCACAUGUAGUCAGCUCUCAGGAAUGCAGUACUCGCCAACAGCCAUGACUGUAAUUAGCCAUCAUUUUGUAAAUGCACGUAGACACGUUAUGAUGCUACUGCCAUAUUUAGUACAUUUAGUGCACAGGUCAUUUGAGGGCUGUCUGAUGGUGACAGCCUUUUUUCACAGCAAUAAGCAGGCAAAUAAGUACUGGUCAUGCUACUUUUGCAUUUGUACCUAGUUGUGGAUAAACACAGCUGCUUUGUACUUCUCCAGUUGUGGUUGUGGUCUCACGGAAUGUGAGAGAUUGCAUGAUCAAAAAUUUUCUCAGAAUUCCUUCAGUUUGUGCUACAAGAACAGCAUUCUAGACUGAAUACUGAAAAUGGUAUUUGGUACGAAAGGAAAUUUAGUUAUACAAUCACCCUAAAAGUUCUUUGUAGUGUUUUUUAUCAGAUCAGUAGGACUUCCUCCCAUUUCCUGUGGUUCCGCCUAAAAGUGGCAAGCGGGGUAAGUAUCGCCAGUUAAUACAGAGCGGUUGGUGAGGAUAAACAGAGUGCUUUGGACAGCAGCAACUCGAGCAAAAUGAACCAGACAUUUACAGACGAUUACAUCAAUGAAUCCUCAAAUGGAUAUGAUUGUCCAUGGUGUUUUAAUGAAAGUGAGACAGACCCUGUGUCACCAGAGGUGAAAGAGUUCAUGAGGACACUUUCUCUAGUCAUCUACUGCCUGACGUUUCUCCUCGGAGUUCCUGGAAACAUAUUUGUUGUGUACAUCGCUGGAAUGAGGAUGAAGAGGACUAUUAAUACAAUAUGGUUUCUCAAUCUAGCAACUGCAGACCUCCUGUGCUGCCUUUCCAUACCAUUCAGUGUGGCGGAGAUCCUCCUUGAGCAUCACUGGCCAUAUGGAUCCGUCAUGUGCAAGAUUCUCCCCUCUGUUAUAGUCAUCAACAUGUUUGCCAGCAUUUUCACACUGAGCUUGAUCAGUCUGGAUCGGUUUGCUCAGGUGAUCACACCGGUUUGGGCUCAAAAUCAUCGUAAUUUGUUGCUUGCGCGACUGUCCUGUGCAGCGGCCUGGGUCUUGGCUUUGGCGCUCAGUUUGCCCUUUAUGUUAUUAAGACAAACUUACACUGAUGAGGACUUUAACAUCACACUUUGCACUUUUCAUGCUGAUGAAGAAGGUGAUUCCAACUUUGCAACAUCUGGAAGGUUAAGCGUCAUCAGAUUUGUGUUUGGUUUUUUGGUUCCUCUCGUAUGCAUCACAACAUGCUACGGAUUCAUCGCACGCAAGUUAGGCAGGAGUCAUUUUCACUCUGGACGAGCGUUUCGCAUCAUGUUGGCUGUAAUCGUGGCCUUUUUUCUCUGCUGGUUGCCGUAUCACAUAGUAGAUUUGAUAGUAAUAUACGGAGAGAAAUCAAGUUCCUCUGUGGCUUUUGUAGUGGAUCAGUUGGCCAUCUCUUUGGCGUAUGUCAACAGCUGUCUGAACCCCAUUCUGUAUGUUUUCAUGGGGCAGGAUUUCAAACGUAAGGUUAAACUUUCUCUAAGACGUGUUUUUGAAAGAGCUUUCUCUGAGGAGGGAACACAAGUUUCACGAUCCACACAGUCACAACAAAUACACACACUUUAGUGAAGAUAUCAACUCAUUAAUACUGAGUUCAGGUAAUUUUUCUAUAUGCCAAACCUAUGCACUUUCAAACAAGACUUGUUCCACUUGCUUUAAUAUUUAAUUUUUGCAUUAUUCUCAGAGUAAUUUUCUAGACCAAAUACUCUUGUGAACUAUCUUGACAGAAAUAUUUCUUUUAAAAACUGAAACUUAAGAUAUGCAAAACAGCUUACUUUACCACUUUUCAACAGGAAGUGUCCAUUCUGGUUUCUUCUUUGUCAGGAAGUUUUGAAACUUAAGUGCAUCUAAAAUGAUCUGUUCUAAAACGUCUGCAAUAAAACAUCGAUAUGAUAUUGUUUUAUGUUACAAUAAGUCAUUCCUAAGCAUUAAGCAAUGCUAAUUUUUUUGUUGCAUUUUGUACUGAUUUUUAUUAGAAUUAAGAGGGGUUUCCCGAAAGCUCAAAAGCAGAUUGCAGUCUUUAAUACUGAUGCUAUUUUUAGGCAGAUGCUGUAAGUUUUGAGGAAGUUAAUGGUGUGUCUUUUAAUGUGGAAUACAGGUCGAAUGCUCAUCGUGAUUAAAAAUAAAAUGUACGAUUAAAAAUGCACAUUAAUAUAUUGUCUUGAAUACAAUAGACUACAUACUGCUACAAAUAGCUACUAAUGCUAUACUGUUACUGAGUGUGUUUAAUGUCAAUCCAGAUUUUAAUAUUUUACUGUUUAUGACAUUGUCUUCAAUCAUUUUAUAGUUUUGCUACAAUAUUGUUUUCACUUUACAGUUGUUUCAUGAUCAUUAAAAAUUCAAAAUGACACUUAAUUUGGACAAAAAGUUUAUUCAGUAUUGUUUGGACUUUAUGGAAUAGCCUACUUGAUUUUGAUUAGUCUGUGGUGUCAUUCUUUGGCCAAAUAUUUAACAAGGCCAAACUGUAUGCUAUAACUGAUCGUUGUCUCAGUCAAAUGUCUCUCAUAUAACACUCCACACUCUCUGUUCUCACAUAAUAAAACUAGGCUAUUUAAACCCAAAUCAUAUUGUAUGUCAUUUCAUUUUGUUAGUUUAUUUUUAAGUAGAGUUACUCUUUUAGUAUUUUGGUGAAAAUGA